GAUGGGGUGUAUUUCGGAGGAAAGUGCCUCUGGGGGGUCGUUACCUGGCGGCUUUCCGCGGUGUCUCAGUACUAGAAGAAGUGUUGCCAAUAUUUGAAGGAAAAGAAGGAGUGCAUUACCAUUGUGUCGAUGCCAGAGGAUUAUGGACUAUUACAAUAACGACCGGCGGUGUAACGGUUUGGAUAACUGCCUGUGUAGACUCUCUCUUCGUGUCCUCUUUAUUUUUUCAACGCUUUUGGGUUGGACGUUUUCUCAGAAAAUGUUGAAUUUAGCGCUCUCUGGACGUGAAGGGUAUUCGUGGCACGUCGUUUUGGGUUGUUGGACAUGAGGGUGUGAGGUGCAGAGACCUGUGGACAGGAGCCGUUUCGCAGACAGUAUGAUACAAUAUUUUGAUACAAGCGUUAUUUUUUUGUGUUACGCUCUAUUGCGCAUGCCUAGUGGUAGAUCCAGACCACUGCCCGUCGCCACUUCGCUCCGUCCUGGCCGUGAUGUAGGAGCAAAAGUGAAGGCAGCGGAGGAAUAAAUAAAAAAUGCGUUGGCAAAGUGGCAGCGUGGCGACCAAAGGAUUUGACUUUGGAUCCUUCACAAAAUAGAUUGUGCCACAAACUAAAGAAUGUCAGGGUCACCUAAUGCAGAGGCUGACGGAGUGGUAGUAUCCAAAGUGAAAGUGAAAAAGGAGAUCAAGACAAUCGUGGAGAAUUUGGAAACCAUUCUUGGAGACCUCAAGGAUGUAGCCAAAGAGCUCAAAGAGGUUGUUCAUGACAUUGACACCCUGACUUGUGAUCUGCAACUGGAGGAGGAUGGACUGACAGACAGCUCUAAGACGGACACGCUUAACUCUAGCUCCAGUUCCACCACCACCACCACCACAGCUUCCAGCCUGGAGAAGAUGAAGCUCUUCCCUGAUGACUGCAUCUUCAAACUCCCUGCGCUCAUCGACCCGGUCCCUGUCAACCCCCUUGCAGUCCUGACUGUACUCAAGAAACCCCACCCUCCUCUACCGCCACCCAGACUUACCCCGCUGAGAGCCGAGGAUCACAACAUUAAGAAUCUGCCUCAUCCGACAUUAAUGUUAUCAGGGAAUGUAUCCAAGGCUACCGGGUCUCUAAUGAGGAAUGGCGGGGGCUUUCCAUUGAAACUAAACAGGGAUUUAUUCUCCUCCAUGCCGCGUUUCAUUUCUAAUGACAGUGGAAUCCCUGAGUCGGGUCUUGUUCCCACAUUACCCAGGCCCAUGCCUCUUCUCCGCCAUAAAAAUAACAAAUGCCCCAAGGCCCCUGGCAGGGAGUCUCGUGAGAGGGAGCGUGUCCGUUUCAGUGAGAAGGUCCAGUACCACGGUUACUGCCCGGACUGCGACCUCCAAUAUGAUGUAGACGACUCAGAACUACAUUUACAGGCCGAGCUGAACGACAUGAGGCUCAGCCCAGUGCAUUACUGCUCUUCGUCAUCUCCUCCUCCUUCUCAUGCUCUUCCUCAUGAAUUAAUGUUGGAAAACGGCGGCCUCUCGGUCAGCUACAGUUUCCCGCCAACAGCAAACACACCUCUACCUUGUGUGCCUCCUCACCCGCCUUCCCUCAAGCCCCAGAAAACAAUCCUACGCAAAUCAACCACUACCACGGUUUGACGCCGAACCCCUUUGUUAUGUGUAACUUAAAAAAUCUUGAAUCAUUCAUAGUGUUUUCUACUUUAUGAGCGCUUUCUACUCCAAUUGAACUUUGGAUUAUACAAACAGAGAGAGGAAGACUUGGGAAGAGGAUGGAUAAAGUGAGUGGAACAGAGAGAAAGGCAUCGCCAUGGGCGCUGAGACACACACAGAGAGAUCAGGAAGAAGCGGGCCCGUUGAGAUACUUGAGAUACGAGUGGAUGGGGUGCUUGUUUCAUGCACUGAUCGACCCUGGUCAAUCAGGGCGGGAGGAGCCAGAGCUGAGGCCAAGCGACAAUUUCUAUUUUUUUUUGUUGUUGCAUAAAUCACUAAUGGUUCUCAAUCACGAAGAGAUCAUCUAGGCAAAUUCAUGCUUUUACUUUUGAGCACUGAACAACUUCUUGGCACAGUUGUGUCAGGGCAAUGUUACUGUGAAACUGGAGAAAUAGGAAGGGCAAUCAAUGCAAAUGUAGAUGAAUUCAUAGCUGUGGAGGUGACAUUUUUGUUUCAUAGAAAUAGCUGAAUUAAAGAUUAGAUAGCUGCUGGAACCAUAUCAUCGAAAGUAAACACUCAAGUUUAGAUGAAGAGGUACAACAUGGGGUGAAAUGAUGUCAGCCAGUAUUUGAUUGAUGUCUACACAGACUUUUGCUCUGUGCAUACUCAGAUGGAAAUCAAUAGCUCCACUCAAGUGAUGGAAUUUGCCUUUUAAGAAUUGUAAUUGUUUGUGUCUGGAGAGCCCGACAAGUAAGCAAAACACUGCUGGACUGCAGAUAAGGAGAAAAUGACAUUUGGUCAGUGUGUGCCAUAUGCUCAUUCAUGGUGUAUUAUUGGAAAGGUUUAAGAUGAAUGAAGUUGUUGUCACUGAUUUGUGUCCAGACAUUAUGUUCAUUGUACAUCAAAUGUGCAUCUAUGUGCUCAACUGGUGCCAUGCAAGCAAAGUUUUUUUUUUCACAAUAACAUGCAGAAAUAGUGCCAUAGUUACAGCUUUAAAGCAUCGUUGAAGAAGUAAUAAUUUGCAUCAAAUUUUCUUUGUAUACAAAUAUACAUGUACAUGUUUGAUAUCUAUAUAUUUCAGGCAUUUUUCUACAGAGACUUUAACAUUUAAAGAGAUGAUAUUUUUGAUAUUGUGUGGGAUGAGGUAUUUUGACGAAAGCUGACAUUCCCUCGAGGUUGAGUUUAUUUAUAUAUAGCAACAGGAUGGUGUUUGUAUGGAUGAAAAACAAGUGCUUCAGUAAUAUCACUUCAAGAAACUUUACAGAAUGGGCCGUAUUGGGAGAAAGAACAUGUAAGGUGGAGAAGAUUAAUGGCGUAAACCAAAUACCUAGUUGUGCUUUAUCACACGGGAGGCAUGGGGCUGAAUGAAUGCAUGACUGACUCUUCACUUUGUCCUGCCAUCACUGUGUUUUUCUAUGCAUUUCUGUGGAGAGGCUGUCUGUUGGUGGAUCCAACAUGCUGGGUGCUCUGCUCUCCAUAAUACAGAGUUAAGAAUUAUUCCCUCUCAUUUCCUCAUAUGAAGUCCAUCAGGUUAUCUCUGCAGACACUAUAAACCUGUUAAAUGUCCUGUGUAUCACGUUGAUUGGUGAUGAAAUAAUGAUAAUAAUAAGGUUUAUUGAAAUAACACUCACAAAAAACAGAGAUUAUAAAUGGAUUCAUAAGGACAAACUAAAACAAUGAAGAUGCAGAGAAUAAAAGGAAAGAAGGCAUUUUCAUAGGCCAUUUUGGAUCACAAAUUUUGGAAACAUACGCUGGAGAGCAACAACACAGCCUCUCUCCAUAUUCAGACUGGAGGCACCACCUGUAAACUCCACCUCCUUGUUCUCACUGGAGACAGACACUGAAUUCAUGACCAAACUCUGGAUCAAUCAGGAAUCCGUUUUAAAGAUGAUUUGAACGUCUCAAAAAAGCUGUCGCCGAUAUCUUGUUGUGUGUCCACAAAGUGUUGGAAAAUAACUUGUGAGAA